ACUCUAAUCAAUUAUCUCAAAAUAUAAAAUAAGUAAAUGAAGUUACUAAAUUUAUUAAAUUUCAAUUAUUCUGUAGUCUGAUAUUUUGGUAUAUUACGUAUUAGCAUACAUUUUAUAGUGCGUAGUGCGUUUAACAACUACUUAUAUAGUGUAUACAGUUUUAUUUGUAUUAUUAUAAAACAAAAUACUCAGUUUUCAAAAUGAGCAGCAAAGUGGUAAAUGAGAGUAGUAUGUGCUAUAUUGAUUUCUGUCCAAACUGUUCAAACAUUCUUCACCUGGACGAGUAUAUGGGCGAGAUGAGACAAAAAUGUCAAGUGUGUCCAUACUUCUCAGCAAUCAAAAAUGUCAUGCUUGCUUCCCGAUCGUUUUAUAAACUAAAAGAAAUAGACUCAGUUUUGGGAGGCAAAGCUGCAUGGGAAAAUGUAGAUUCAAUUGAUGUAGUUUGUAAUACAUGUAAUCAUGGCAGAGCAUACUUUUUACAAGUUCAAACUAGAUCAGCAGAUGAACCUAUGACUGUUUUCUAUAAAUGUUGUAACUGUGGACAUAGAUGGCGAGAAUAAAUUAUUAAUUAUAUAUAUAUUA